AUGAAAGCGUCUGCCUGUCUUGCGGCCAUUAUUCCGGCGCUGGUCGCCCAAGCCGCUCGCAUCGUCCAAUCCAACGACGAUGGCUGGGCCGAACUGUAUCUUCGCUCUUUCAAUGAUGCGCUGAAUGAGGCUGGUCACGACGUUGUUCUAUCCGCGCCAGCAGAUAAUCAGUCUGGAACCGGCUCUAGCGAUUCACCUCCGGUACCCCGAACGCUGCCCUGCGAAUACGAUUCAUGUAUCGGCAACGGCAAUACCACUGGCCAUAAUGAUACACGGCCUGACCUCAACUGGGUCAAUUCCUUUCCUGUAACUGCCAUGAAAUAUGGCAUCAACACUUUCGGACCUCAGCUGUGGAACGGCUCUGCUCCCGAAUUUGCCGUCGCGGGACCUAAUGUCGGCACCAAUGUCUUUGUCCAACUACCAUUCAGCGGCACAGUUUCUGCUGCUGCAUAUGCCGCUCAUGGCGCCGGCAUUCCCUCAAUAGCCUUUUCUGCGGCUUCAACCGGCCGCCUUGCAUUUGAUACUGAUCCAGUACCUCUUCGCAGCAGCCUCUACGGUCAACUCGCCGCACAGUUGACCAACAAGAUCAUCUCUUCUGGAGCUCCAUAUCUCCCUCCGGAUGUCUUUCUCAACGUUAACUUCCCUAAAGUUGAAGGCAGUUGCACUGACCUUUCUGACUUCAAAUGGGUCCUUACCCGGAUCAACCCUGGUUACUUUUCACCCCCAGAUGUCAGCUUCUGUGGUGUUGAGCGACUGCCUACCGAGCUGUCCGUAAUCACACAUGGUGGAUGCCUCAUCUCUGUCAGUGUUGCAAAUGCCAAAGACAAAACUACUGCGCCGACGGAUAGUCAGGCUGUUGUGCUUGAUAAACUACGCGAUAUGCUGAGCUGCUUACCAAGCUCAGUGAAAUUCAUGAAGUUUUCAGAUCAGCUAAUAGUUCAAAACUAUAAAGAAUGGUCAUAG